AUGCCCUACGCAUCGCCGCCGCCGCUGGCUAGCAGCGAUGGCUACGCAUCCAGGGGCCUUGAAAGUCAGGAUACACCAGAAACUGUCGUCUCCACCAGCCCUACGCCCGGUGUUCAGUUCCACAUGGCCACACAAGAAGACCUGCGGCAUCAAUCCUACGACUUCCUGCGAUUCGUGAGCAACGAGGAUAUGACGAACGACAAGUCGUGA